CAAGUCGUAUUCCUGGCGUUGUUGCAUUCACGGUCCACAGCGCUCAACUACUCUAGCGUCCGGUCAAUAGAUUCCGAUGGUCGAACGGCUUCAAUUUAUCAUCGUCACCAGAAUCGACUAGACGCAGUUUCUCCGGUUGCUGUGUAGUUUAUGUGGGGGAUUCGCAAUCUAAUCGUCAUUUGCCUCCCAGUCGUACCUAUCGCAGCUGUAGGGGAGAUAUAUGCAGAUACUCGAACUGGUGGUCCUAGAACAUCGAAACGUGUUCUCCAACUUCUAGAUAGUGUUUUAGCGAGUCGCGAAUCUAAUGAUCGAUGUGCAGUGGCUUGAGUGAUGAUGGCAGAAAUCCACACUUCGGUAUCCUUUGUAGUGUUUGGUGCAGCCUAUUCCAAGUGCUUCGAAUCAUAGUUGCUGACAGAGAAGUGAAUAAAGUCAUCAAUCUUACAGUAAACAAGUAAAGUGGUUUCGAGGAGUGUGCAAUAAUGGUGCUUUUUGAAGAAAUUAAUCCAGCCAAUCGCAGUGUUUAUGGGGAAACGUGAUAAAUCAUAGCUUAUCAACAGUUGCAGCAGAAGCGCCGUAAUCGCAAAUUCGAAUCGAAAGACAUAUCGAUAAAAUCAUUUAAGCCAAUCAGAUGCAUACAUCAUUAGAGUAAUCCACACCAAGAAAAGAAAAAAUAUAGUGAAUGAAUACGCUAAGCUCGAAUAAAUGCACCAAGAAGAAAAUCGUAAUCAGUGAACAUGAUGGGUAGGAGUGCUAAUAGUGACGCCUCGACCACUGCCAGUGGAGCUCUGUUUAGCAAUCAAAUGGCUAUCAAUGGCGAUAGAUAUCAGCAACGCUUAAACCGCCGAAUGGUGGUACUGCAGGACGAACGGCGACAGGCGUCAUCUUCGUUAAUCGAUGAUGUCAAUCACCAGCCACUAGCAGCACCUCCCCCGGCCUUACUCCAGCAGACAAAAGGAAGCGUCGUUAUGCGAAAUAAAGUGAUCGAUCUGGACAAAAACCGCAUAAAAUGUGGCCGCAGUAAGCUCUGGUCAAGGCCGCUGAGUUUCUCGGGGUUUUUCAAGAAAUCACUCAGCCAAGGGGCGAUACAACUCGGCGGCAACAACAAAACUGGAAGAGGGGGUGUUCGACAUAGCACAAAUUAUGCUGUCAAUCACGGUAGCACAGAUCCAAAUGGCAACGAAGCAUCUAGACAAAGUGCUCAACUUGAUCUCAACCUGAUUCGGAAACUGGAAGAAGAAAUUUACAAAAGGGGGCGUGAAUUGCAAUGGGAUGAGUGCAACGCUGAGGCGAAAGACUUCCAUGACUUCUAUUUUGGUCCGAAAACGUACGAGGAAAAGAAGACGUUCUCCAGCGAUACAUCAGCUUAUAAAAACGAUAGCAAAGCCGUAUUGGUGGUAGAUUCACAAGCACUAGAACCGAUGCUAUUGAAACGACCACUCAGCACGGACGAUGCCCUUUUGCAAAAUGGAUCCCGAGAGUCAGACCCGGUAUGCCACGUGGAUUCUACUAGCAAAUCGAUCAUCAUCGUUGACAAUUCAGAGUUCUAUCCAGUGCUAAUGAGGUACGAUAUUAAUAGUGAACUAGUCAACCGUCAGCAAGAGCAAGCACGAAAGCGUAACGAGGGAAAACUAAAAAUAUCCACCCAAAUCGGAGGUUCUUCUGUCAAGACUGUGACCGCAGCAGGGAACGCCAGAAACGCAUCAUUAACUGACAAUAACCGCGAUAGUACUAGAAUCCCACUGUCAUCGUCUAAUUCAGCAACUACCGUGAACAGCCCGCCAUUGACCGUUUUAAAAGCCGAAAAGACGCGCGCCGGAUCGGUCGCUUGUUGUGAAACCAACAGUAUAAAUAAUAAUAAUCAUGCUGCUCAGCAAAUGAAACCACAUAGCGCCAGACCGCCACCUCCCGCAGGGUCUGGUAGUGGCGAUCGUAACAAAAAGACCCACUCGAAUCUCUUUCAACGAUUCCUUCUUCAAAGAAGAAGUUUAAAUCUAUCAGUCCGACGACGGCGACAGCACCAAUGCCACUUUCGUCCCCCACCAGGGCACCUCUACUCUGAAGAAAGCUCUUUAUCUGACACAAAAUCCGCCGGACACAGUAAACUUAAGUUUGAAUAUCUCAAGAAGAUGCAACGGUAUGACCCUGAAACACCAUCUUCAACCGUCCCACAUUUGAGUGUAAAUCGUACCUUGAGCGAACCGAACCUCAGCUCUCGCUCGAACUGGAAAAGCGAACACUUCCUUCAACAUCUGCAUCGAACACCCCGCAGGUGGAGCACCGGGGAUUUGGACUGUCUGAGUCACCUGAUGUCAUCGAGUAAAAAUUUUGAAAAUAUCUUCGAAAGCGCAAGCGACAAUCUGUCCCGCUUGUCGGCCGUUGUUGUUUCGUCCAGCAGUAAUGGCUCCCCAUCGUCUGGUUCUCUGACAUCAUCCUCGUCAUUGUCAUCCGGUUCGAGAAGAAUGCAGUCAAUACUCGCCAGCCACUAUCAACUCCUACAGAGCAGGGAACGUGCCGCCAAUGGGAAGCCUCCAUUAGGAAAUUCAGCCAUCAACGGGAGCGUAACGCAACCUACGAGUGGGAAUUUUCUCCGCAAGAAAUCAUCGUCCUUCAGGGGGGUUCUCAAACGCACCAACAAACCGGACGUUGUCAACACGUGGAUCUACAGGAAAAGCUACGAUGGUUCUGGCAACGGUCUAGGUGAGCCCCCAUACCGGGGGCAUCACGGUAGCCCACACUCGUCACCGUCACGCUAUUCCUACAACAACACUGCCAAAACCAGCAUCCAGCAUUGGCGGACGUCCAGUGCCGGUGCAUCGGACUUCAAGCGUAACUCCCGACUUCGCAGCUCGACCAGUGCCGUUCCAGGAGGAGGCGCCGGCGGAGGAAGCAGUUCCAGCACCAGCAGCACCGGUUCCAACAUGGUCGACCUCAACAUACCGCGUGGCCACUCGCCACACUUUAGUCCUUCGAGGCAAACCACGCAAACCGGUGACACGCAGACACUGCAUGUGUACUUACCGAACCAUGGCUUCCGCAUGAUCCGGUUCGACGAGGCAUCUGAUGUCCGGCAGAUAAUUAAUCUGAUCGUGAACUCAAUGUCACCCGGACACAAAACGAACCCGCAGAGCUAUGCGCUUCGAUUGCGGCACGUUCUCACAAAAGAGGUCCUCUGGAUGCCACCCGAUACCUCCAUGUCCCAGGUGAUGGCCCACAUCUUCAACCCUACCUGUAGCAAUGCAGAUUGUCCCAAUGUGGACAAAAGUACAAUUGCUAAGAAGAUUCAGCAAAAGACUAGCGGUGUCGUUGGCCAUGCGAACACCGUAUGGAAGGCUGAGCUCCGUGUACGCUACAUACCAAAAAGCUUGAAGGAACUGUUCGAAAAAGACAGAACCACUUGUCACUUUUACUUUGACCAAGUCAAACAGGACUACAUCCAGUCAAAUAUACCGAACAUAGAUCAGGAUAUUGCAAUACAGCUGUGCUGCUUGGGUAUCAGGCAUUACUACAAAGACACGAACCAUUCUUCCAACGACCGGAAACAACACCUUGAAUAUAUCGAGAAAGAAAUGGGUUUUAGCAACUUCAUACCGAAAUCUGUGAUAGAUACCAUUAAGCAGAAGAACCUGAAGAAACUAAUCCAGGCCGGCUAUAAGAAGGUCUACAGCUACUCCGAGAUGGAAUACAUGCUCAAGUUCUUCGAUCUGCUGAGGACACAGUACACGUUUGACCAGGAGCAGUUCAACGUACAAUUGAGCAGUGUAUGGAACAUUCGGGUUGAUCUGAUCAUUGGGCCUCACGUGGGCAUAUCUUACUCCGUUAAUCCUCAGGCGCCACCAACCAAGGUAACCGACUUUGAAAGUAUUGAACGGAUAACGACUAGCGUAGUGUCUUCUUCGCUGACCAAAAGCGAUCACCAACCCAAGCAGCAGGGCUUGAAAAAUUCCAAAGACCAACCAGAUCUCACCAGUUCCUGCGGUAGCGGCAGUGGAAGCAGUGAAAAGAAGGAUAAGAAGGGGAUCUCCUGCUCAUGCAGCGAAAUCAAAACACAGCUCAGGAUCAAAGUCAACGUGAACAGUGAAGACCUGGCGAUCACUUGUGAUGGUAUUAAGACUUCAGAAAGUAUAGCCGAUCUAGUCGAUGGUUACUGUAGGUUAUUUAACAAUACUGAUAUUAGCUUAUGGGAUCGUACCGUGAUACCAAAAUCUACUCCGAGUAAUAGCGCUACAAAUUCAUUAGAGAAGAGUCAUUUGAGGAAGAUGACUGAUUCGCAGUCGUCUGAGAAGCAAGACUCAACGCGAUCAAGUAGCGAUAAACUGAACAAUUCGGUUCACAAUGACCUGGAAGCCAGCACUAGUUCCAACAACAAACCGACCCUGAAUGAGGACUAUGCUGAACUGGGAAUGUGCGACGAAGAAGGAGAUUAUUCUACUCCGGCGGCUCGGAACUACGAGCUCGAUCGCAACCACAUUACUCUGAACGAAAUAAUCGGAGUAGGACAGUUUGGAGACGUGCAUAUUGGUUCCUGUCGGCUGCCGAGCAAAUCGACGCUAGUCAAUAAGUUGAACCAAUCGUUGACCUCGGAGUUUGAUGAACUUUCGCUGUCUGGUGAAAAUAAUAAUUCCGAAGUACAACAGAAGAGCGGACACAUUCAAGUAGCGGUAAAGACAUGCAAGGCGGACGCUGAUUUGGCUACGUCAGAAAAGUUCCUGGAGGAAGCAUAUAUUAUGCAGAAAUUUGAACAUCCUCACAUCAUCAAACUGAUCGGUAUCUGUAGCGGGUCUCCGAUCUGGAUUGUUAUGGAGCUGGCCCGGCUAGGCGAAUUGAGGGCCUAUCUCAAAAAGAACGGUUCCAAACUUAAGCUGGGAACGCUGCUUUUGUAUUCCUAUCAACUGUCGACGGCACUCAGCUAUCUGGAGUCGAAGAAAUUCGUUCACCGUGAUAUCGCCGCUAGGAACGUGCUGGUUAGCUCUCCGACAUGUAUCAAGCUUGCCGAUUUUGGACUCUCAAGAUGGGUUGAAGAUCAGUCGUACUACACGUCUACCAAAGGAAUGCUGCCGAUCAAGUGGAUGGCCCCGGAAUCGAUCAAUUUCCGGCGGUUCACCACAGCCAGUGAUGUUUGGAUGUUCGGCGUUUGCACCUGGGAGAUUCUGAUGCUUGGAGUUAAGCCCUUCCAAGGAAUCAAAAACUGUGAUGUGAUUGGAAAGCUGGAGAACGGAGAGCGCCUCCCGUUGCCGCCGAACUGUCCCCCGCGGUUGUACUCGUUGAUGUCACAGUGUUGGUCCUACGAGCCCCAUAAGCGACCGAACUUCAAGAAUAUCAAGGAAGUUCUAUAUGAAAUACUCACAGAAGAACGGCAUAGCGAUUGCGAAACAAUGCGUCGUGAGAAUCGACGCGUUGCCGCUAUGUCGUGGGGAGCAGGUGAUGAUGUAGCACCUCCCAAGCCAGCACGUGGUCCAAUGGUAGGCGCAGGCGACGGUUCCCAGCAGGGGCUUGGUGCCCCGCAGACCUACAUCAUUGCUCGAGAUCCAGCCGUACUAGCAGCCCUGAUGCGUGAGAACGAACAACGCGGAGUUAAUCCAUCGUCUUACACAACGCCCGCUUCGGUUCAAGAAACGCAGCAAAUUCUCGAAGCAAAGUUACGAAAGCAACAGCAAGAGAGCGAAGUCGAUUCCAAGUGGCUACAGCAGGAGGAGAAUAAUCUCAAGAAACGGCUCAGUUUGAUCACAUCCGCCGCUGGCGGCGCAUCUUUCGAUCAACAACCGCAGCAACAACAGGAAUUGAACAACGGAAGUGGCUCAUUGUCUGGCAGUUACCAUUCGCAGCAAAGUCCACACUUCUCUCCGCAGAACACUAUGUCGGGUCCGCAAAGUCUAGGCGAUCAUUAUCCAACGACACCCAAUACUUCAGAUUCGAGACCACAUACCCCAGGAUCCACCUCCGGUAUGAUCAAAUCGAAGAGUUCGUCGAUGGAGCGCUGUACCACGCCACUGUCUGGCGAUGAAAAAUUCGUGAUCAAAAAGGUGGAACCAACGCGAACCAUGCCGUUAGACCGAAGUGGCGAUAUCGUGUACAUUGCAACGACCAGUGUAGUCAAGUCGAUUAUGGCCUUGAGCCAAGGCGUGGACAAGUCGCAGGCUUUCGACUAUCUGGAUUUGGUCAGGAAUGUCGGCAUUGAGCUGCGCAAGCUUCUCGGUGCCGUCGAUCAGAUCUCGGUUUCAUUUCCAGCGCAGUGUCACAAGGAAGUAGAGAUGGCACACAAAGUAUUAUCCAAAGAUAUGUUCGAGUUGGUGGCGGCUAUGCGGUUAGCGCAACAAUAUAGCGAAACCACGCUUGAUGCUGAAUAUAGAAAGAGUAUGUUAUCAGCAGCACAUGUACUCGCUAUGGAUGCCAAAAACCUUCUAGACGUUGUCGACUCGAUUCGAGUUCGCUUCCCCAACCUAGUAUUCCCAAAGCAGCCUAGUCUGCCGACCAGUCCAAUCCAGAAGCAACCUCCGGCAUCUUCAUUAACAUCGUCCGCGUCCUCCUCGGUGGUUUUUGACCUCGUCGAUCAACAGCAGUAGUAGCAUUAGCAACAGUACAGUUCCGUCCAGUGGUGCAACGCCGACAUCCUCCUUCCAGCAACAACAGCAAUUUUCGUUCGAUCUUCAACAGUCUGCUACUGUUAGCGAUUGCUAUCAGAACCUCCAGCCAAAACAAAUCUUCCAUUCACACAGUUCACCUCCAAGUUCACUAACGCAUUCCUACGAAACCAGUCAGGCUCAACUGUACUCCAAUCAACAGAGCGGAAUCUACGACAAUGACUGCGUUGUCAACGAUAAUAAACCCAAAAAACCUAUGAUCGCAGCAAAACCACCAGCAGCAGCAUUAGUAUCCCACAAGCUGAAGUCGACGAAUCCCUUCCCGCAGUCAGGCAGUCAGCUAAUUGGAGAUGAGCUUCUCAACGAACCUCUAAAGAUUGUCGAAGAGCCAACCGAGCUCUACUCGAAUACCACAACCACGACCAGCGGUGGCUGCAUACCUUCGGGCAACAUCGUGGUCAGUUCCAGUUCUAGCAACAGUGUGUCCCUAAUGUCAUCAAGUAGUAGCUCUGGAGCGAUAAAGCUACCCGAACCCGUAUCGUGUACUAUCGUGCAGGAAAAUCUGCUUGCCUCGAAUAACCAGAAGAUUAUGGCUAACAAGUUGGGCUAGAGUGGAUACGCUGUGGAUUUUGAAACAGAUAAAGUUCUACUAUUGUUCUAGACUAUCUAGUGAAAGACAUACGGUAUUGUACUAUUUUAGACAAAGGAAAAGUAAUUUUACAAGUUUACUAUUCUCUGAGCAUAACACUCAGUCGUAUGUAUGAAAAACGAUGAAAAGCUAGACGGUACGCAAACAAACAAACGGAAACUGUAUUAUUCUCCGGCAUUAUUGUAGAAAAUCAAAAAUACAAUUACGAACAAAAUAAUAAAAA